AUGGAAUCUCAUCUCAGGAUUUCUUCCAGAAGGGAUGAUUGCGCACACCAUAGGGCUCUUUUUCGGUGCUUGGUUUCGUCUGGGGACGUGAACGUGUUCAAGUACGAUACCAGGAAGUUUAAGAAAUUGGCUGAUUUUGAUACUAAAUCCAAAAACCAAUGGUUCAAACGUCAAGGUUUGUUUGAGUACAACGAGGUUGAUGAUGAUUAUCAAGUGUAUGUUGUAGCAAGUGGUCAUUCUGGGGAGAAUUGGACUGAUUUGUACAGUUGGAGAACGAACAGUUGGAGAAGGAUUGAAGGCUUUGUCUGUGAUUGGACUCAGGCGUUUGUGGUUGCUCAUGGGAGGCUGUAUAGGGCAAGCCGUACUAGUAGAGGUCCUUGA